CCCGCCCACCCUCCCUCCUCCCCUUCCCCUCUCCCCUCCAUCCUAGCCUCUCUCCCUCUCUCCUCGCCCGCUGGGUGCUGAAGUUGGGCGGAUGGCAGCAAACCCGCUCCGCUAGAGGACCGAGCAGCCCAGCCUCGCGCCCCCGGACCCAUCGGUGCGCUGCCCACACCUCCAGGCGACUGGCCAGUUGGGUACGAAAGUAGCUGAAAUGCGAAAGAGACAGCAAUCACAAAAUGAAGGAACACCUGCUGUGUCUCAAGGGCCUGGAAACCAGAGACCCAACAACACGUGUUGCUUCUGCUGGUGUUGUUGCUGCAGCUGCUCCUGCCUCACUGUUAGGAAUGAAGAAAGAGGGGAAAAUGCAGGAAGACCCACACAUACCACAAAAAUGGAGAAUAUCCAAGUCCUGGAGGAAUGCCAAAACCCCACUUCAGAUGAAGUCUUGUCCUGGUCUCAAAAUUUUGACAAGAUGAUGAAGGCCCCAGCAGGAAGAAACCUUUUCAGAGAGUUUCUCCGAACAGAAUACAGUGAAGAGAACCUACUUUUCUGGCUUGCCUGUGAAGACUUAAAGAAAGAGCAGAACAAAAAAGUAAUUGAAGAAAAGGCCAGAAUGAUCUAUGAAGAUUACAUUUCUAUACUAUCACCAAAAGAGGUCAGUCUCGAUUCUCGAGUUAGAGAGGUGAUCAAUAGAAAUCUGUUGGAUCCUAAUCCUCACAUGUAUGAAGAUGCCCAACUUCAGAUAUAUACCUUAAUGCACAGAGAUUCUUUUCCAAGGUUUUUGAACUCUCAAAUUUAUAAGUCCUUUGUUGAAAGUACUGCCAACUCUGCUUCUGAAUCUUAAUUUUCAUUAAAAAAAAAAUCAUUUUGGAGGGCUGGGAUGGGAAAUAAAAGUAAUUAAAUAACACCAGAAACUGAGUUCCUGGAGAACUACAGUUUAGCAUUCCUCAGGCUACUGUGAAAAUACAACCAUAUGGUCUUUGUCUCCAUUUUUAUCAAGGUUAUCCUGGUUAAGUUUGGAGAAAACACCACAGAAAAACAAUGAAUUGCCAAAUUGUUUGUUUUAUUCAACACUCAUUCUACUUGCAAGCAAACUGUAUUUGUAGUCCUAUGAACAGUCUCCUAGUGUAUCCCGAGACUGCAUGUGCAAAGUAAAACUGCUUCAUUUGCCAUGUAGCUGUUGUAAUAUUUAAUCCAAUGGCAUACCUUAUAUCUGUAUUUAAAGACUUUUGUGCAAUAUGGUCUUAUAGAAAUAGUUGCCAAAAAAAUUGGCUUUGGUUUGCAUUUUUAAAUAUAAUCUAAGACAGAAAAAGCCAAUUUUUAAGUUGUAACAAUGGUAUUCAACACGCUAUAUACUGUGUUCAGUACACUCAUUUUGAAGCCAAUAUUUCUGUACAUGGAAAAAGAGCUCUUUAUCUCUGUUUGUUGGGAAAUCCUAAUGGGGGAUUCCUCUGGUUGUUCACUGCCAAAACUGUGGCAUUUUCUUUACAGAAUAGUUUGCUAUGUAAAAAAACAAAAUAAACAACAAAUAAUAAGAAGAAGAAAAGAGAAAAAAAGCACAAAACAAUUUGAAGAUAUUCUAUCUCAAUGACAAAUCAAAGAGUGAUAACUGUUUUUAAUUGUAAUAGAAGAAAAUCUAUGUAUAUAUCAGAUGUCCAAUACUGUAAUUAAUUUAUUAAAGACUGGCUCUCCAGUUCUAAAACGGUUGUGUAAAGUAUGUACUUUAGCAAGAAAAAAAUACUAAGCUCGAUAACUUAGUUUUGGAAUAUAAAAAAAAAGGAUUAAUAAAGGAAUGCCUAAAUGUAGCAUCAUAAAACAUUUUGAUGAAUAGCAUCUGUCCUGUGGCAUAUUUUCCUUGAAAGCAAAAUCCAAUGAAAAGCUAAGUUUUUAGCCAAGAGAAGUUUUGUAAGGGUUAUGAAGAAGAUAAUUCUCUACUUCAGACCUUAACUGUUUUCAUAGUAUCUUCAGAAUGACUUAUUUUAAAAAUGUUAAAGCCAAACUAUUAAUACUCAUCCAUAAUUGAAAGGCAGUACAGUGCUCAAAUCUUCUAGCUGCCAUAUUAUUUUUGAUAAGUACCACUAAAUCUUAAAGACGGAAUACUUGCCUGAUAUUGGCAUGUUCUUUUGACAUUCAAGAAAACAGUAUCCCAUCACGUGCACACACAGAAAAGUCAGUGUCAUAUUUAUAUCAAGGUGUUACAUUUGAAUAUUAAUAUCCCCUGGAGGCUAUUUUUUUAACUUAAACUUAAUAAAUACAGUAUUGAGUCACCUAAAGGGAAAGUUUUAAAAAUAUUUAUAUCCACUGAGAAUACUGGCCUUAUAUUAAGGAUGAUAUUAAAAUUAUGGGUUUUGUCAUUUUUUUAACUACCUCUCAUUUUUAAUUUAUUAAACAUUUUUAAAAUAAACAAGUUUGGGGUUUUCUUUUUAAAAUUUAUUUUACUUGAAAGGUUGGCAUCAUAAGUUUCUUUUUCCAUAAAACUUAAGACAUUUCAAGAAUUGUUUUUUUAAGUGAAUUUGAUUUUCUAAUUUAUAUAGAAUUCAGGAGAUAUGGUUAAAAGGGCUAUUAUCUAUUCCCUAUGCAAAUAUUUUAGCUGUUGCAGUGUUUGACAAAAUGGGAUUAAAAAAAGUUUGCAGAGUUAGAAAACAAAAUGUUCUGUUUACACUGGCGUUGCUGACUAUCCUACCAUAUUCAGCACUUUUAAAUACAUUAUUUAUGAAAAUGUAGUUAGAAUACAAGAUAGAAAAUAUUUGUAAUAAUCCUUUCUUUUAAUAAAUGCCUGUUUUUGUCUGAAAGUGUUAGUGUGUUAAGACAUACUUUAUCCAUGUCGAUUAGAUAUUUCCUAUUUGAAUAAUAGCUUUCAGUAAUAUGUUGAAAAAAAGAUAGCUAUGAAGAUGUUUACAAAAAGUCCUAUUUUUUUCCGAAAGAGUGAAGAAAAACCUACAAGAAUCAUCACUUCUAUUGUGAAGUUCUAUUGUUCCUAAAUUAUUUAAUUUUUUCUUGAGUAGAAUUGAGUUUAUUAUGCUCCUAUGAUGUAUUCACAUAUAUGUUGUAAAAUCAUACUUGUUGCUAUGUUUGAGGCACAAUAAAUUGGUGCACAUGACCAGAAAAUAUGUAAUAUACUAUAACACACUGCAUGCAUCAAUCUUUUUACAUGUAGACUUUAUAUUCUUGUUGUUACUAUAUCUGAUGGUGACCUGCUAGCCAUAAGUUAUCUUUAUAAGAUACUUUGGACUAUUAGAUGAAUUGUCUGUUUGACAAUACCUUUAAUAUUUUACCAAAUGUAAAAGAUAAGGGCCCUUAUAAAGAGUCCUAAUCUCUAACCUGGGCAUUUGUAGAAUACAGACUUUGAAGUUAGUAUAUCCUUUUGAGGCAUGAUUCGGAAGUUGGGUUGAGAAUUAUUCUAGAGCAGAUUUACACAUCGGAUGUUGGCAGCCAUGUUAUGUGAGCAUUUCUGCGCUGAAUUCCUACUGGGGGGAGGGGGAGGUUUCUCAUUUAAUUUCAAAAUGUUUGAAGCUUCUAUCUACGAGUAUGUGUGUAUAUUUGCAACUCUACCAAUUUUUAAAGUAUGGUGUAGCUCCUUCUGUUUCAAUUACAGAGCUUUAAUAAACAAAAAGCCCUCAACUGGUCUCUAUGCCACCAUUCCAAGAGCACAAUAUUUGUUAUGAUAGAAUCUGAUUUUUCCUAGUGAUUAUAUUCCUCCCUGGGGACAAAUUAGCACUUUAGAAGGUACACUUUGUGUUUUAGAUUGUCAGGAUAUCUUUGUGUACUGUUAGAAUCUGCUGAUGCACACAGGAAGAGAUGAAUGCUCUUUCUAUAGUGCCUAAAUUCAGAUGUGUCUAUCAUGGAAAGAAAAGUGAAGGGUAUAGAUUAUAUAUAAAUGUAUAUAACUAAAUUGGAGAGCCAGAUUUCUUCAGAGAUGGAUCUUGUACAUAGGUCACACUGAUAAUGGAUGGAUGAUGCCAGAUUUCUUCAGAGAAGGAUCUUGUACAUAGGUCACACUGAUAAUGGAUGGAUGAUGCUUCUUCUUCUUUACUCUGGAUAAUUGUUAUUAUGUUACCCAAAGGUAAUACAGAUGUUCCAACAGUGUUAUAGGGCAGCUCUAAGCACAAUGGGUGCACUGGCAUAUGAACAAAAAUAGCAAAACUCAAUUUUGAUAUCAAUGUUAUGGAGUGCAAAAAUCAAGACCAUAAUGUGGUCUUUAAAAAAAAAAAAAAAAAAAAGUCUUAAAAUAUGUACAUAGGAUGACCAGUUCUGAUAUUUGGUCAUGGUGCAUGGGGUGUUUAUUAGUAUCCUUUAAUGCUGCCUAGGUUCUUACUUACAGAAUGAAAUGCAUAUCAUAUAUUUACCUGAUAGUUCAGUUUUGCAAAAGGACUAUAGCAGUAGGUAAAUAAUGUUUCUAUAUUAGGGGCAAAAACACAUUUUCACCCCAUUAAGCUGACUUAAAAUAAUACCUGAUUCUUAACCUUGAACAUAUCCAUUUUUUCUAUACACUUUUAACAUACUGAAAAAAUGUCAUAUCGUAAUUGUGACAAGUUACAUUUGCAAAAAAUACAACAUGUCAGAUGCUUUGAGGAAUAAAUACAGAAGGAAGAAAUUUUAAAUACAAUCAGAAAAUAGGAAAAUAAGAACUCUUUCAAAAGCCACCUAAAACUUCUUAGGUCUAAAAUGCCUAUAGAUAGAACCCUAUCAAAAAUGAAUUUUAAAAACUUUGCUCUGGAUACAAUGGCAUAUUACUUUGAAAGGUAGUAAAGACCGUUCCACAAAACUUUCUUGCCUGUGUUUUUAUAUUGACAGCUGCUGACCCUAUUUUUCAAAAUAUAUUAUGCAAACAUUUAUAUUUGCAUGCUUUUUUCAGUUCUUUUUAAAUUUCUGACCGAUAUAAAAUGCUUGUUCUCCUGAGAAAACAGUAUUAAAUCUGUAAAAGUUUUAGUUAUUCCUCACUUGUUACAACUGCAAAUAUUUAUCAAUAAAACUGAUACCAAAAA